UUUUUUCAAGUUUAUUUGUUACGAAUUUAUAAUUUCAAUUCAAAACUAAAUAUAUCAGUUUGUGAAAUUUAAAAUUUUUUCUUAAUUUUUGGCAAUUUUACAUAAAUUUCCCAAAAAACGCAAUGAAUGAAGAAGAAAGGCAACAAAAUUAUAGACAACAUCGAUUACGUGUGAAACAGGCUACCAGUCAAGUGAAUAGUCAAGCUCCACGACCAAAACCGACAGAUGCCAAAAGUCGCAACAAUAAUUUUAUAGAACUAAUGCGAUACCUCACCGAGCCAAACAAAGGCUCAAUGAAUAACAAAACUUUUACAAAAGCUUUAACUUACUACGAUAACCAAAUUGGCGAUAACAACAAAUAUCCUUUGCAAGAAACAAAAACCAAAAAUUAUUCCAUACCCUUUCACGUUUGGCAACGUUAUGAUCAUUUAAAUAUUACCAAAAACUCGAAAUUACUAGAAAAACUUUUAAGGCCAAAUAUAUUUUUAGAUUUGCAAACUAGUAAAGAGAAACCUCUAGGCCGUCUAGUGAUACAACUAUUUACCGAAGCUUGUCCUGAAGUUGUGCUACAAUUUGUACGCACCUGUCUCUCCAAACAGCAUAAUCGUUUUAUUAUUACGCGCCUACUCUUUCCACUUUGGCUAGAGGCCGAACUGUUGUUGUUUGAUGACAAAAAUGCCCUGACCUCCAACAAUAUUGAACAUGAUCCGAUGGUUAUUAAUCAUGGCACCUCCUCGGGUAUUCUUUCAUUUCCCAGCCGUUACUUACAUGGCAGUAAAUUACGUUUCAUCACGUUUACGGUGAGCUUUACACCCAUCGAUGUUUUGAAUGGCAAACGUAUUGCUUUCGGCAUAAUCAGAUGUGGCCAAAAUGUAUUGGAAAGUUUGCAAAGUUUUGAGGUUACACGCAGUGGAAAACCAUGCAGGAACAUUGCUGUAUCAGCAUGUGGUGUAGUGUGAGAGAUAGGGAGAGGGAAUUAAGGGAGAGGCAAUGACAGCGCAAAUAUAAUACUGUUGAAAUAAAUGUCCUCAAGUUGUUAUAUUAAUGAAUUUGUGAAAUAAAUACAAGAAAAUGGGGAAA